CCACAGUCAGAACGGCACCUUCUUUCCCAUCGAUGUAUUCUCACGCUACCCCCAUUUUGUAGUCUGCACUUAAUCACAUAUCUCCCCAGCCCGCAAUGCUUCACCGCGCCGCCUUUCGCGCCGUGCGCAAUCGGCCUGCGCUGCCGGUGCCUCGAUCGUCGUCCUCAGCCUCGACAUGUCAGUGGCUACGCUUAUACUCAGACAACAACCGAUCCUCAAAUGGUUCUGGCCAAAACCACACGUGGAGACGUUCAGGUCCCAUCACCUUCAGCGGCACGAGCAAAUCGCAAUCCCCCAAUUCCGUUCAUCCCCAGCAAAGCCCAGAAUUUGAUUCUGCUGCGCGGCCAGAGCGGAAUGCAGUGCCACAGUCAGCGGGAGCCGGGCCUGGAAUAUAUGAAGCUAUCGAGCGAGAGGGGGGUGUUCGGAGAGGAUACACCACAGGGCAAGAGGAGUUCUCCGGACCGCAGUCACCACCGCAAAACACAGACCCCACAACCGAAAGCCCUGGUCCAACACAAAAACCCCUCCCCGACCUACGGCAGGGCAUUCCCUCCACAUUUGAUGCCGAAUUUGGAGAAGCUGAGGCUAAGGACCGGACCAAAGCCCACCACCCCAUCAACAUCACCGAAGACCCAGGUAAAGAGCCAGGCGGGCAUGGAAGCGGGGCAAGCCGAGAGAGCGGCGAGCUGCCAAAAUCAGCCUACGAGACCAGUGUUGAUAGGAGGCGCAAUCGUGUGGCCAAUUGGUCUUACAUGUCUGCUGUGCUGUUUGCGGCGCUGGGUGCCGUCUACCUAGGGCGAGACUGGGAGACGGCCGAAGAAGAAGCAGCACACCCAGACGCGCCGUCUGGCUGGGGGUUGGGGCAAAUAUACACCCGUGCGCGUGCCCGCCUGAACAGCCAGAUGGGUUACUACACGGAACCAACUUUCCCCAAGCUGCUCCCGGAUAUGGAUCCCGCUCCCCCACUGACUUUGGUCCUCAGCCUAGAAGACCUAUUAAUCCACUCGGAAUGGACUAGGGAGCACGGCUGGCGAACCGCCAAACGACCGGGCGUAGACUACUUCCUGCGAUACCUGAGCCAGUACUACGAACUCGUCAUCUUCACGUCAGUCCGCUCUACAGACGCCGAUCCAAUUAUCCGAAAACUCGAUCCUUUCCGUAUCGUUAUGUGGCCAUUGUUCCGCGAAGCCACGCGAUACGAAAAGGGCGAGUACGUCAAGGAUCUAUCAUGCUUGAACCGCGAUCUCUCGAAAACCAUUAUCAUCGACACCAACCCCGCCCACGUCAAACUACAACCCGAGAAUGCCAUCGUUCUUCCUAAGUGGACAGGCCAAGCUGGCGACAAGGGCCUUGUAGCUCUGAUCCCUUUCCUCGAGUAUCUCGCUAUGAUGGGCGUCAGUGAUGUGCGCACGGCGAUCAAGUCUUUUGAAGGCAAGGAUAUAGCCACUGAAUUUGCACGGAGAGAAACAAAGGCGCGCGAUGCCUUCAACAAGCAGCUCGCUGAGGAGCGGGCAAAGAAGCCCAAGCACAGCGCAGGCAGCUGGCUGAUGGGCGCACUGGGCAUGAAGCCACAGGGGGGCGGCCUGGCCCUUGGUGACCAGAGUGUCGCCGAAGGCUUUGAGCAGGGGAAGAUGCUCAGCGAUCAAUUCCGAGAACGAGGCCUAAAGCAGUACGAAGCAAUGGAGAAGGAGAUUCGCGAAAACGGAGAGAAGUGGCUGAAGGAGAUGGCUGAGGAAGAGAAGCGGUUUCAGGAGGAGCAGAUGAAGAGCAUGAAGACGGGCAUGUUUGGAUGGUUUGGAGGGCCACCGCAGAAAUAGAAGCAGGAGAGCAGAGCGUAGGAUAGGUGUUGGGACCAGCGGCCAUGGGAGUUGUUGGGAUGUAAAAACAAGCCGUUUCCACUCUUGAGUAAAGCUUAGGGUUGAUUUGCAUGGGCAUAUGGGCGGCACAUGAGCGGCAUGCAGGUCUGCAUUGGGUUUGUUGGACGUUCUCUGUAAGAUAUGCUGCGAAUAAACAGCGCGUUCGAUAGACGUGGACGAAGGUAGAAGGUCCAAACGACGACCGGUGAAUUGAAGCGAACCUCGGAGCUAUCCCAUUCUGGC